GUGGGAGGCUGAGGUGGCAGCGGGCCUGUCAGCAUGGAGCUGCCGCAGAUGUCGGAGCUGAUGGGCCUGUCGCUGCUGCUCGGGCUGCUGGCCCUGAUGGCGACGGCGGCGGUAGCGCGGGGGUGGCUGCGCGCGGAGGAGGAGACGUGCAGCCGGUCCGCGGGCCAAAAAGCAAAUGGAUUGCCACUUGACAAGUCCUUGAGAUCCAAGAAGCAGAAACAGUAUCAACGAAUUCGCAAGGAGAAGCCUCAACAGCACAACUUCUCGCACCGCCUCCUGGCCGGGGCACUGAAGAGCCACAGUGGGAACAUAUCUUGCAUGGACUUUAGCAGCAAUGGCAAGUACCUGGCCACCUGCGCAGACGAUCGCACCGUCCGCAUCUGGAGCACCAAGGACUUCCUGCAGCGGGAGCAUCGCAGCAUGAGAGCCAACGUGGAGCUGGACCACGCCACCCUGGUGCGCUUCAGCCCCGACUGCAGGGCCUUCAUCGUCUGGCUGGCCAACGGAGACACCCUUCGUGUCUUCAAGAUGACCAAGCGAGAGGAUGGAGGCUAUACCUUCACAGCUAACCCAGAGGACUUUCCUAAAAAGCACAAGGCACCCGUCAUCAACAUUGGCAUCGCGGACACGGGGAAGUUCAUCAUGACUGCUUCCAGUGACACGACUAUCCUCAUCUGGAACCUGAAAGGUCAUGUGCUGUCGACCAUCAACACCAACCAGAUGAACAACACGCAUGCUGCUAUCUCCCCCUGUAGCCGGUUCGUGGCCUCGUGUGGCUUCACCCCAGAUGUAAAAGUCUGGGAAGUGUGCUUUGGGAAGAAAAGCGACUUCCAGGAGGUCGUGCGAGCCUUCGAACUGAAGGGCCACUCUGCGGCCGUCCACUUCUUCGCUUUCUCCAAUGACUCCCGCAGGAUGGCCUCCGUCUCCAAGGACGGUACGUGGAAACUGUGGGACACAGACGUGGAGUACAAGAAGCAGCAGGAUCCCUACUUGCUGAGGACAGGCUGCUUUGAAGUGGCGAGUGCCAUGCCGUGCCGCCUGGCACUCUCCCCGGACGCCCAGGUCUUGGCCUUGGCCAGUGGCAGCAGUAUUCAUCUCUACAAUACCCGGCGGGGUGAGAAGGAGGAGAGCUUUGAGCAGGUCCACGGGGAGUGUAUCACUGACUUGUCCUUUGACAUCACUGGCCGGCUUCUGGCCUCCUGUGGGGACCGGGCAGUGCGGCUUUUCCACAACACCCCUGGCCACCGGGCAGUGGUGGAGGAAAUGCAGGGCCUCCUGAAGCGGGCCUCCAACGAGAGCACCCGCCAGAGGCUGCAGCAGCAGCUGACCCAGGCCCAGGAGGCUCUGAGAAGCCUGGGCGCCUUGAAGAAAUGACUCUGGGAGGGUCUGGCAGGAAGGAUCUGGCCUGCUGCUGCCACCGUGGCUGCCCUUUCUUCCCAGGGACCCCCAGCUGGGAACCUUUUGAAAGGAGAAUUCUGAUUUUCUCAGUGGUGGCUCCUCUCUCCCUUUUCCCCAUUGAAACUAUUCUUGCCUACUUUG